AUGCUUCCGAGGGCUCUUUCUCUACUGGGUCUGGCCGCCCUGACUCUGUCCCGCAGCUUCGUGCCACCACCCCCUCAAUCGUUUGGCGUCAUCGGAGAGAAUGCGACGUUCGACUACGUGGUGAUCGGUGGGGGUACCGCGGGUCUGGUGAUGGCGGCGCGAUUGUCUCAGGGCGGCCGGUCAGUUGCGAUCGUCGAAGCUGGGGGGUUUUACGAGCAAGGGGCCGGCAACAUCAGCACCAUUCCCUCCAAUUCGGUCUGGUAUGCUGGUGCUGCCCCUAAUGACACCGACCCCGCCAUUGACUGGGGGUUUGUGACCGCCCCGCAAGCUGGUGUGUCGCUAAGGCCCAGCGGCCAGGGGAUGGCUAAUCGCCGUCUACACUAUGCCCGCGGGAAAUGCCUCGGGGGGAGCUCGGCCCGUAAUUAUUUCACCUACAUGCGGGCCACCCGCCAAGCGUACGAGCGAUGGGCCAGGGAGGUCGACGACCCCGGCUACUCGCUCGACCAGUUUGCUCUAUACAUGCAGCGCUCGAUACAUUUCACUCCGGCCGACAACGAACAACGCGCCCCCAAUGCCUCCGUCCCCGACGCUUCGGAUGCGUUCUGCUCGAGCGACGGGCCUCUGCAGGUGUCCAUCCCCCCGUGGGCCAACCCAUUCUCGUCCUUCGUGAAACGCGCCUGGGAGCAGCUGGGGAUUCCCCCGAUUCGCGACUUCGUGACGGGCAGGCUGCAAGGUGUGCAGUACAACAUGAAUACCAUCGACCCAGCCGACCAAUCCCGGAGUUCGUCCGAAAGCGCCUUCCUGCAACUAGCCCUAACUGGCGGCUCCUCUCGCUUGUACAAUCAGACCCUGGCCCAUCGCAUCCUCUUCGAGGGUACCACAGCCACUGCGGUGCUAGUGCAGACCGAUGGCAUUGAGUAUGUUCUCUCCGCACGGAAAGAGGUCAUUCUCUCUGCCGGUGCCUUCCAAUCCCCUCAGCUGUUAAUGCUCUCGGGCAUCGGUCCCGCCGCGACCCUCCAGCAGCACGAAAUCCCCGUCGUCUCGGCCCUCCCCGGCGUGGGCCAGAACAUGUGGGACCACCUGCUGUUCGGGCUAAGCUACCGGGUGACUCCACUCACACAUUCCGCCCUAAGCAACACCAACGGCGACACGCUCGCCUCCGCCAGCGCCGCCUACCACGCCAACCAAACAGGCCUCCUCACGAACCCCGGCGGAGACCUCAUCGCAUGGGAAAAACUGCCUGCCGCCGAGCGCGCAGCCCUCAGCCCAGCCACACAAGCCGCCCUGGCCCAAUUCCCCGCCGACUGGCCCGAGCUCGAAUACCUCGUGCUAGACGCCUACAGCGGCAACAACGAGAACUACAUCACCGCGACACCACCAGACGACGACACCGCGCACUCCUUCAUGUACGCGUCUCCCAGCGCGGUCCUCGUCGCCCCACUCAGCCGCGGCUCCGUCACCAUCACCAGCAGACACGCAACCGACCCCCCCCUCAUCAACCCCAACUGGCUCACCCACCGAGCCGACCAGGAACUCGCCAUCGCGGCCUUCCGACGACUACGCGCCAUGAUGGCCACGGAGAUCAUGCAGUCCGUCACCGUCGCAGAGGUAUAUCCGCCCUUACCCGGGAGCGGGAGCGGAAACCUCACCAGCGACAGCGACGACGAAAUCCUCGACACAAUCCGUCGCAACGCAAUCAUGACGUUCCACGCCUCGUGUACAUGCAAGAUGGGCCGACGGGGGGAUCCGAUGGCCGUGGUGGACGCGCAGGGCCGGGUGUUCGGGACGGAGGGGCUGCGCGUUGUGGAUGCGUCGGCGAUGCCGUUUCUCCCGCCGGGGCAUCCGCAGGGGAGUAUUUACGGUCUGGCCGAGAAGAUCGCAGAUGAUAUCAUCCGUGGAAAUGCGUCCGCGAGUAUAUAAAACCAACACAAACAUCAUGGACAGACAGACAAUAAACUGUGUGAAUAAGAAUUAAA